GAUAUAAAUCGCGUAGCAGCAAAUCACUCUCCAGUUUCUCUCUUCUUCUUCAGAUUUGAAUCGAAGAAAGUGAGUGAUGGCGAAUCCGCGAUGGAGAUUGCGAGCAGGUGGAUAUGCGACAGCGAUUUGGGCCUUCAAGAUCGCUUUUUUCUUCCUCGGCGUGCUUUUCGUCGGCGCCGCCGCCAGGGCAGCCGUCCCUGCGGCCGCAGGCGCUUUGGCCUCUUCCCUACCUGGACCCCGGGCGGCCUUCCUCUCCUGGAUCCGGCCGCCGUUCCUCUUCAUCGCUAUCCACUUCAUCAUCCUCGUCAUUUGGAAGCUCUCUGAUCAGAAGCAGCAGCGAGAGCAAUGGUCCGCGGAGGAGUUUGGGGAUCCCGAAAUGGUCAAAUCUUUCGACAAUUCGCGUUCUUCAAACAUCAAUCGUAAGCCCUCCACCGACAUCUGGAGCGAUGAGAUUUCGCAAUCUCCGUCGCCUGAUCUCGCUGAGUCGUCCCAGUCCGACGCGUCCUGCCUCACCGUGGACUCCGUCGAGAGGUCCACCGCCUCUUCCGUGUCUUCAAUCAAGAAGAGCGCUGAACCGGAGUCGGAUAGAGGAGCUACGGUGGAGGAAGAGGAAGACUUGGCCGCGGCGCUGGCAAUCGCCGGCGUAGAAAACGACUCGAUGGAGGCGACUUGGAGGGCGAUAAUGGACAAGCCGUCUCGGACAGCGGCGGCGUCGCCUGCCCCGUCGCGGCGGGACUAUAGGCCACUAGACCCGCCUCCACCACCGGUAGGUCACGACGAGUUGACCCAGCGAUUCGACGAGUUCAUAAAAAAAAACCACCAGCAGAUCCGAUUCCACACUAGCCGACGCCGGUAGUUGAAGAGUGAUCGUCUUCUCUUCUUCGACUCAGUAAAAUCUUUCUACUGGAAGGAUGCUGCUUUGCUGCUAAAAAUCAAGCUUUUAGGGUUUUACUUCAAAUGCAGGGCUGCCUCUCUGAACUGGUGUUGCUGAUAAGAUUGGCUAGUGACUCGAGGUGAUCGACGAGGUGUUUGAUAGCAUUGAGAAUCAUCUUUCAAUCUUUUGCUCGGGUACUAUUCUCUUA